AUGGUGAUGAGCAGCACUGCUGGUUUGGGAAGGAUAACACCCUCCCCAAAUCUUGGCUGGCAGGCGGCUCUAGGACCCGACCUGCUCCUGUGGGGCCGGAUCCUGCCGUCCCUGCUGCUGCCCGUGACGGAGGGCGCAGAGCGACUGCAGCUCCUGGGGAAAGCCCCAGCCCCGAGCAGGCAGCUCCGAGCUGUGUCUCGGCUCUAUCCCCACGGCCAUCGUCCCCAGCGCACCGUCCCCAGCGCAUCAUCCCCAGCGCAUCGUCCCCAGCGCAUCGUGCCCAGCGCACCGUCCCCAGCGCAUCAUCCCCAGCGCAUCGUUCCCAGCGCAUCGUGCCCAGCGCAUCAUCCCCAGCGCACCGUUCCCAGCGCAUCGUCCCCAGCGCACCGUCCCCAGCGCAUCGUGCCCAGCGCAUCGUCCCCAGCGCACCGUUCCCAGCGCAUCGUGCCCAGCGCACCGUCCCCAGCGCACCGUCCCCAGCGCACCGUCCCCAGCGCAUCGUCCCCAGCGCACCGUGCCCAGCGCAUCGUGCCCAGCGCACCGUCCCCAGCGCACCGUCCCCAGCGCACCGUCCCCAGUGCAUCGUCCCCAGCGCAUCGUGCCCAGCUCAUCGUGCCCAGCGCAUCGUCCCCAGCGCAUCGUCCCCAGCGCAUCGUCCCCAGCGCACCGUCCCCAGCGCAUCGUGCCCAGCGCAUCGUGCCCAGCGCACCGUCCCCAGCGCAUCGUCCCCAGCUCAUCAUCCCCAGCGCACCGUUCCCAGCGCAUCGUCCCCAGCGCAUCGUCCCCAGCGCAUCGUGCCCAGCGCAUCGUCCCCAGCUCAUCAUCCCCAGCGCACCGUUCCCAGCGCAUCGUCCCCAGCGCACCGUCCCCAGCGCAUCGUGCCCAGCGCAUCGUGCCCAGAGCACCGUCCCCAGCGCAUCGUGCCCAGCGCAUCGUGCCCAGCGCACCGUCCCCAGCGCAUCGUGCCCAGCGCAUCGUGCCCAGCGCACCGUCCCCAGCGCAUCGUCCCCAGCGCACCGUCCCCAGCGCACUGUCCCCAGCGCAUCAUCCCCAGCGCACCGUCCCCAGCUCAUCGUGCCCAGCGCACCGUGCCCAGCUCAUCAUGCCCAGCGCACCGUCCCCAGCUCAUCGUCCCCAGCGCACCGUCCCCAGCUCAUCAUCCCCAGCGCACCGUUCCCAGCUCAUCGUGCCCAGCGCACCGUCCCCAGCUCAUCAUCCCCAGCGCACCGUUCCCAGCGCAUCGUGCCCAGCGCACCGUCCCCAGUGCAUCGUCCCCAGCGCAUCGUCCCCAGCGCAUCGUGCCCAGCGCACCGUCCCCAGCGCACCGUCCCCAGCGCAUCGUCCCCAGCGCAUCGUGCCCAGCGCAUCGUCCCCAGCGCACCGUCCCCAGCGCAUCGUGCCCAGCGCACCGUCCCCAGCGCACCGUCCCCAGCGCAUCGUCCCCAGCGCACCGUCCCCAGCGCAUCGUCCCCAGCGCAUGGUGCCCAGCGCAUCGUGCCCAGCGCAUCGUCCCCAGCGCACCGUCCCCAGCGCAUCGUGCCCAGCGCACCGUCCCCAGCGCAUCGUCCCCAGCGCAUCAUCCCCAGCGCAUCGUCCCCAGCGCAUGGUGCCCAGCGCAUCGUCCCCAGCGCAUCGUCCCCAGCGCACCGUCCCCAGCGCAUCGUCCCCAGCACAUCGUCCCCAGCGCACCGUCCCCAGCGCAUCGUCCCCAGCGCAUCGUCCCCAGCACAUCGUCCCCAGCGCACCGUCCCCAGCGCAUCGUCCCCAGCGCAUCGUCCCCAGCGCAUCGUGCCCAGCGCAUCGUCCCCAGCGCAUCGUGCCCAGCGCACCGUCCCCAGCGCAUCGUCCCCAGCACAUCGUCCCCAGCGCACCGUCCCCAGCGCAUCGUCCCCAGCGCAUCGUCCCCAGCGCACCGUCCCCAGCACAUCGUCCCCAGCGCAUCGUGCCCAGCGCAUCGUGCCCAGCGCGUCCCGCCAGCACGGGCGGAGCGAGGCUGCCGAGGCCGGGGCUCGCCCAUCGCGGGAGCCGCUGCCGUCCCUCCUCCGUGCCGCCGCUGCCGCGGGGCUGGGCUCCAGCGCGGAUUCCUGCGCCGCCCGUCACCGACCGAUUUAG